AUGGACGUGAAACUACUCACGAAAAGUGGAAAACACAAGAGUUUCCUCCCACCGAGGAAGAAGUUUCGGAAGCUCCAGCGUGACAAUAUCCAGGGUGUCACUCGUCCUGCCCUUCGCCGCCUCGCCCGUCGUGGUGGAGUCGCGCGCAUUAGCGGCACUAUUUAUGACGAGGCUCGCAAAGCUCUCAAAGAUAAGCUGACCGAAAUAAUACGCCGCAUCGUGCAUGUCAUGGACAGCGCCACUACUCCGGGACAUGAGCGUAAGGUCGUGACUUCUAAAGAUGUGGUCUUCGUGCUCAACCAGUUCAACAUUUGCCCUCUCGCGCAUCUGCAUCUACACUUCGCCUACACCUGA